CACAUCUUAGAAUCCCGAACUGCCGCCAUGGCUGGUGAUGACUUUACCAUCGAGGCCUUUACCCUCCUCGGUAUCGCAAUCGUCACCAUCGCCAUCCGCAUUUUGGCGCGAUGGAUCACAGCUGGACCGAGAAAUUUCCAGCUGGACGACCUCUUAAUGCCAUUAGCGGGGGUCGUCUACGGCCUGGAAACAGGCGCCGCCUACUGCGUCGGCGCCUGGUGGCACGGCCUGGCCAACAACUCCAUGACUGACGAGCAACGGGCUACGCUCUCGCCCACCUCAGAAGAAUACCAGCUGCGCGUGGGCGGCUCCAAGACUCAAGUCUUAGGCUGGUCCCUCUACACAACCCUGCUGUGGUUGUUAAAGGCCUGCAUGGCUAUCUUCUACUCACGAUUGACCUCCGGCCUCUUAAACAUGAAACGCCGCGUCCAAGUCGCCUACAUCCUCAUCGCCGCCACCUACAUCGCCGUCAUCUGCUCAAUCCUCUUCGGAUGCCACCCCAUGCAUAAGAACUGGCAAAUUCACCCAGACCCAGGAAACCAUUGCCAACCUGCCAUCUCGCACAUCGAUAUCUACGUAACCGUCGUCUUGAACGUAGCAACAGAUAUAUACCUAAUCUCCAUCCCUACACCGAUCCUCUUCAAAGCCCGCCUCCCCUGGCGCGAAAAACUCGAACUCCUCGUCCUCUUCAGCGGCGGCAUAUUCGUCAUGGCCGCCGGAAUCCUCCGCUGUGUGCUAAUCCUCACCGCCGGCGCAAACGGCGCCCAACAAGCCGGCAGCUGGGCCUGUCGCGAAACUUUCGUCGCAGUGGUCAUCGGCAACGCACCCAUGAUCUACCCGCUGUGUCGGCGCAUUGCGCGCCGCGCGGGCUGGUAUAUUAGUACCAAGGGGAUGGCGAGUGGGCAGAGCUAUCCGCUCACGGAUAGUGGGGGGCGAUCGGGGACGAGGACGAAGGAAAGUCGGAAGAAGAGGUUUCGGCAUCCGUUGUCGAUUCCGGAGACGCAGACGGGGUGGGGGGAGGAGAGGGGGAUAUUGCCGAGUGAAGGGGGAGCUAGCAGCGAGGCGACGGCUUGUGAGGCCGGGGUUUGGGAUGAGAUGAGUAGGGGGAGCCAGGAGGGGAUUAAGGUUGUUAGGGAGAUGAUUGUUCAGAGGGAUUAG